UGUGUAGACCAACAGAUACGAGAGAAUGAAGUGCGAAGGAUAGUUGAUCUGUUGAUCAAUGGCAGACGACAUAAGGAGUGCGUGGCAAAGAUGUUGAAUGAACGACAUUUGGCUGAGCAGGCACAGGCAGGUCAGUUGGAUCAUUCAAUGAUGCAUCUGCUCAAACAGUAUAAUAGGACAAAGGAUGAGGUGGCACAGGUCGAGCAACUACAACAGAGUCUGGCAGACUACAUCGAUCUUCAGACGAUGGCCAAAAGUGAGAAUGAUGCAUCGAUGCUGGCCGAGGCCGCUGGUAUCCUUGACGAACUAUAUGCGCAGUGUCAGGAGCUAGAGUUCAAGUCAUUGAUGUCAGGUCAGAGCGACCAUGAGAGUUGCUACCUUGAGAUCCACGCCGGUGCUGGAGGUACAGACAGCAUGGAUUGGGCAGAGAUGCUACAUGGCAUGUACUCAAAGUGGGCCCUUCGCAAGGGUUACCAGAUGACCUUCAUUGAUGAAUCAAGAGGAGAAUAUGGAUACAAGAGAGUUGUGGUCAAGAUUGAUGGAGAGUAUGCACAUGGGUGGUGUCGAUCAGAGUCUGGAAUUCACAAGUUGAUCAGGAUAUCACCAUUCGAUUCAUCAGGAAAGAGACAUACAUCAUUCGCAUCUGUAUUGGUGUAUCCAGUGGCUGAUGAUAGUAUUGUGAUUGAUAUACAGCCAAAGGACUUGGUGAUUGAGACGAUGAAGUCAAGUGGACCGGGUGGACAACAUGUUAACAAGACAGAGAGUGCUGUGAGGAUCACUCACACACCAUCUGGAAUAAUGGUGACAGUGUCAGAACAACGAUCACAACAUCAGAACAAGAGUAUUGCAAUGGAAUUGAUCAAGGCCAAGUUGAUGGCGAUUGAAGUGCGAAAGAAGGAACAACAAGAGCAGAGCAUGAGAUCGGAGCUCGGUGUCAAUGGCUGGGCCAGCGACAAGAUCGUGCGUACCUACACCGUUCAUCCACAAUGUCGAGUCAAAGACCAGCGCACCAAUCAAGAGACCAUGAACUUAGAUGCCAUCAUGCAAGGCGAAGAAGAGCUAGACAUAAUGAUCAAAGCAGCACUAUCU